GCUGACGUCAGGAACGCUAUAAAACUCAGCAAUGCUUUUAAACUCUCCUGGAUGAGCUCUUUAAAAUAUAUUUUCAUCUUCUUGCUGGAGCUUGGGAGUCGAGUUUCUUUUUUAAAAAAAAUCUGCUAUUUUGGGUCAUCGCAUUGACCUCAGGCUUAUUAUUAUUAUUAUUAUUAUUAUCCAAGGUUUUUUUCCCAAAAAUAAUAAUUUAGUUACUUACCUCCUUUUUUUUUUCCUCUCUCUUUUUCCCCCUCCCCUGACGGUGAAACUCUCUCCCGGUCUUUGCGUUUUUGCACUGGGCACGAGGGGGAAAAAAAAUCAGAAGCAAGAGUAGAGGGAAGGCAAGAUCAUGAAGUGUUAACAAAAAAAGAAAGAGAGAGAGAGAGAGACGGAAAGAAAUCCAAACAGCCAUUUCCAACGACAACUUACAGCAAUCUUUCUCUGCAAAGCUGCAGCACGAGAGAGAGAGAGAGAGAGAGAGAGGAGGGGAGGGGAGGGAAGGGAAGGGAAGGAGGCGAGAGGGGGGGAAUGCAAAAGAAAUCAAGCCCAGCCUGAUGCAAAAGGCGACUAAGUAGAGCAAGGCGAGAGCGCGAGGCAGCCGCCUGCAGUCCGCUCGCUGCACCCGAGUUGCGAUCGUUUGAGAGAGCGCGAGGGCGAGAGAGGAGCUCGUCGCAGCUCGGAGUGGCGCUCGCGCAAGGGGGGCUGGAGCGAGCCGGCCAGGGGGAGCGAGCGAGCCGCGCAGCCACCGGGAGAAACGGCACGCUCUCUUGCCAGCCCUCAAACUGGCUCACCCGCUUGCAAGCCAGAGCAGCCCCCUCGCUCCGGGAGCGCACCCUUUCUGGAGGACUGGCGGCGGCGGCACCCCCAGCAAAAGGAUGGCAUCCGAGCUGGCCCUGAACGGCUCCGACCUGCCCACCAGUCCCUUGGCCAUGGAAUAUGUUAAUGACUUCGAUCUGAUGAAGUUUGAAGUGAAAAAGGAGCCGGUGGAGACCGACCGCAUUAUCAGCCAGUGCGGCCGCUUGAUCGCCGGGGGAUCGCUCUCUUCCACCCCGAUGAGCACGCCCUGCAGCUCGGUGCCUCCGUCGCCCAGCUUCUCGGCGCCCAGCCCGGGCUCCGGCGGCAGCGACCAGAAGACCCACUUGGAAGACUACUACUGGAUGACCGGUUACCCGCAGCAGCUCAACCCGGAGGCGCUGGGCUUCAGCCCGGAAGACGCCGUGGAAGCGCUCAUCAACAACAGCAGCCACCACCAGCUCCAGAGCGCGGCCGCCUUCGAUGGCUAUGCUAGAGGGCAGCAGUUGGCCGCGGCCGCUGCCGCGGCCGCCACCGCGGCCGCCGGCCCGGGGGGAUCCAUGCAGCACGACGAGAUGGGCUCGGCCGCCGCCGUGGUCUCGGCGGUGAUAGCGGCGGCUCAGCAGCAGCAGCAAAACGGCGGCGGCGGCGGCGCGCCCCAUUACCACCACCACCACCACCCGGCCGGCCACCACCACCACCACCACCACCCCCAGCCCGGCAGCGUGCAGUCGUCGGCCAGCAGCAGCAGCAGCGCCAGCAGUAGCAACAGCAGCAGCAGCAGCACCGGAGGCGGAGGCGGGGGUCUUCACCACCAGCACCACGGCGGCGGCUUGCAUUUCGACGACCGCUUCUCCGACGAGCAGCUGGUAACCAUGUCAGUGAGGGAACUCAACCGGCAGCUGCGCGGCGUCAGCAAGGAAGAGGUGAUCCGGCUGAAACAGAAGCGGCGGACCCUCAAAAACCGGGGCUACGCGCAGUCCUGCCGCUUCAAGAGGGUCCAGCAGCGGCACGUCUUGGAAUCCGAGAAGAACCAGCUCCUCCAGCAAGUGGAGCACCUCAAGCAAGAGAUCUCCAGGCUGGUCCGAGAGAGGGACGCCUACAAGGAAAAAUAUGAGAAGUUGGUCAGCAGCGGCUUCAGAGAAAACGGCUCCAGCAGCGACAACCCAUCCUCGCCAGAGUUUUUCAUGUGAGUUGAGGUCUUCCUCUCCCCCACCCACCGCCAACCGGCACCCCCCGCUUUCCCCGGCAGCGUCUUAACACCUUUAGAGGGCACGCGCGCGCACAGACGUGCGCCCAAAAGUUUCUCCAUGAGCCUGGGCUGGGCUGGGGGAGAUUGCUAGCGAUCAAGCACCCCAACUGGCCGCCAUGUUUAUUAUUAUUAUUAUUAUUAAUAAUAUAUUUUUUAAAAAAACCCAAGAACUUCAAGUUUGGGGUUGUUGUUGGGGUUUUUUUUUAAGGUGGACUGACUCAGCAAUAGCCAACCUUCUACAAGUUUAUGUUUUUAUUUUCUUUUUCUGGGGGCUUCUUGCUGGGAGAGGGGGGUGUUUGUGUUUAAAGCCAACUUCCCGCCCGCUCAGUACUCCAUUCUGAAGCUUGCUCAGCCUUUGAGAAACCUGCCCUCCACAUUUUUAAAAAAUAUUCGCCAAGUGUUUCCUCCUUCUCUUUUUAAGUUUGCUGUGCUCACAGUGCAAAAAGUUGCAUUUUGCUUUUGCCAUCCUGAGUUCUUCAAAUGGGUUUUGAACUGGGGGGGGAUGACAAGGGGGGGGAAGGAAACAAAGUUAUAAAAGAUUUUUUAAGACUUCAGCUUGCUGAGUUCCAUCUGUUGUUGUGCUAAACCUAGACAAUAUAUCUAGAUCAACCUGCCAGACUGAAGCCUUCAUCAGCCUACCAUGUGUUCAUGAUGUGAGUUGUGGCCUUGCCCUGACAAAUGGUGAAACUUUUAGUCUGCCAUUAGAUUCCCAUACUCAUCUCAUCCAUUACUAUGCUUGCUGUUUUGCCUUAGCAUCAAUUAACUGUGUAACUGUUUCAAAAGACCAUGGGGAGGAAAAUAAAAAGACGUUAUAUUGAUAAAAGACCUGCAUGCUGGACAUGUAUGGUGCGUUUUUCUUUUCCUUUUUGCUUGGAUAUGGACUUCGGAGACUGUAACGGCAUGACAUUCAUCCUUUUUAGUUGUAUUACCACUUUUUUGAACUGCAGACAAAAAAGUGCAACCUUUGGGGUCUUCUCAUUCAAGUGUUCAUCUACUCUGGAAACUGCUUUGAGUUGCUCACAACGUCAGAUUUCUGUUUUAAUGCAUUGAUGAUACACCCCUUCUUUAAAAAGAAAGAAAAGGAAGGGGGGAACGCCAGAAUGGAUUGUGAUUACCUUAAUAUGAUAUUAAAAAAAGAACUUUGGAAAGAAGUUUUAAAACAUGCUUUAAAAAAGGCGCUUCCAAUUUGUGGGAUUUUAAAAGGCCGCUGUUGCUUAAAGCAGUCUAAAAUUUAUUUUGGAAUGAUCUCCCCCAUUUAUGCUUUUGUUUUUGUUUUCCUUUUGCAUUUGGUCAUUGUCAAAAUGUGGAAUGCUAUCCGUUCCUGGUAUAUAAUUUAAUUCUAUAUUUUAUUAUCUGUUAGCCCAGUUCAAAUGUAUGCUACAGAUAAAGAAACGUUUUAGAAAAAUUCAGAAGAGUUAGGUCUGUUUAGAUAUAGAUCCUUUUUUUUUAAUAUGAUGCACUAAAUUGUUCACUGUUGUGAUGUUAAAAGGGGGUAGAAUUUUGCCACAGGACUUCUUUUUUUAAAAUAGUUUAUACAGCAUGUGAUUGCAAUUUAAAUAUGUUGGGUAUAUGUAGACCUUGCUACACCACUGACUGUAUUUGGAAACCAAAGUAUUAAAAGGGGAUCAUCCCCCCUUUAUAUUAUUAUAGGGGUAUUUUAUGUUCAAAAUGUAUGGUUGGGGUUUUUUUGUUUUGGGGUUGCUGUUUUUUUGAAAUUGAAAUAUUUGCGACUGAAUUGCACUAAGCUAUAACCUGAAGCAUAAAAUAUAAACCAUUACAAACCUGUCUAGGAUGCUAAUACCAUUUAUGCAGUUACAAAGUUGGCAUUACUCCUCAGUUUUUUAAAUGAUGCAGAUUUUUUUACAGUUCUAUUGUGGUGCAGAAAUGGAUUUUCUGUAACUUCACAAAUUCACAAAGUUUUAAAGGCAUUCAUCAGCAAAUUUUAUUUUCAGGGACUGAUAAUCCUGUCUUUUUUUUAAAAAAUGGAAAGUAAAUCUUACCACAAUAAAUAUAAAAAAAUCUUGUCGGUUACUUUUCCCCCUUUACAUAUUUUGCUGUGCAAAAUUGUUUUAUAUCUUGAGUUACUAACUAACCAUCUGUGAUGUUCCUUAUGUGCUUUUCUUUCAUUUUUUUCAACUUUAUGGUUAUAUCAAAAAGAAAGAA